AUGAUGGUUCCACUCGAUCCAUGCAACAAGCCCACCUCGCAGCGCCGCAUCACGGAGGGCGACACCGUCGUGGUGUACGAACGGCACGACUCGAUGCGCGCAGUCACCGUCAGCGCCGCCGGCGUACUGCAGAACCGAUUCGGCGUCUUCCGCCACGCCGACUGGCUCGGCCGCCACUUCGGAUCCAAGGUAUUCAGCAGCGGCGGUGUCGGGGGCAAGGGCGGUCGCAAGGCCGGCGGCGGGUUCGUCCACCUCCUCGCGCCCACCCCGGAGCUCUGGACCCUCGUGCUCAGCCACCGGACACAGAUCCUCUACAUUGCCGAUAUCAGCCUCGUGGUGGCAUACCUCGAGCUCGUCCCUGGGUGCGUCGUGCUGGAGUCCGGGACGGGCAGCGGUUCGCUCACCACCUCGCUAGCCCGCGCCGUCGCGCCGCACGGGCGCGUGUACACGUUUGAUUUCCACGACCAGAGGGCAGACUCGGCAAGGGAAGAUUUUGAGAAGAAUGGCCUAAGCAGCCUUAUUACAGUUGCUGUUCGGGACAUACAAGGACAAGGAUUCCCAGAUGAGUACUCUGGAGCUGCUGAUGCUGUGUUCCUGGACUUACCCCAGCCUUGGCUGGCAAUACCGUCAGCUGGUACAAUGCUACGACAAGAUGGUGUUCUAUGCUCCUUUUCACCUUGCAUUGAACAAGUACAGCGUGCUUGCGAAACUAUGAGGUCUUGUUUCACAGAUAUUAGAACUUUUGAAAUUCUUCUUCGCACCUAUGAAGUACAUGAAGGUGCUCUGAAGAGUGCAACCGUCAACGAAGCCUCUAGCGAGGGUUGUUCACUUCCUGGGAAGAAACGGAAAAUUCGGUCAGCUGGAGAAGCCUUAGACAGUACUCAGACAUCCUCUGUUAUUGCUAGGCCUUGCAGCACAGCUAGAGGACACACUGGCUACUUGACAUUUGCAAGGAAAAGUGUGCAUGGGAGCCAAACUGGGGCCGCUGAAGUUUGCCCCACAUCUUAG